GGCUUGUUUAGGGAUGGUCUCCCUUGGUGACAAGCGGCUGAAACUUAUAGGAUAAUCAGAGAGAAGGGAGGUAUGGAGGGGCGGAUGAAGGCGUAAAUACAGUAGACUUUUGUAUCAAACCCUAUUUACGAGUUAACGCGCCUCUGUUUACCUGAGGGACGGGGCCUUACAUCGAUCUGUGAGCGGCGGGUUGCUGUAGUCGGCUGCUCCGCCCUUACCUCUGCAGAACUGCGUCUACCCACCCGGGUGUCUGCAGCAGACCUCCAUAGAAAAACACUGAAGAGGCGCUGCGGUUUGACGACUGGCCCCACUGCUGGCCUGAUAGCACUUUCUGGAUUACAAGGGAUUUCCCAGGAUCUUGAAACUGUCUGAAAUGGAUGAACAAAGCGUUGAGAGUAUAGCGGAAGUCUUCCGGUGUUUCAUCUGCAUGGAAAAGCUGAGAGAUGCACGGCUAUGCCCUCACUGCUCCAAACUCUGCUGCUUUAGUUGCAUUCGGCGCUGGCUGACAGAGCAGAGAGCACAAUGCCCACAUUGUCGGGCACCCCUCCAGCUGCGGGAGCUGGUCAACUGCCGCUGGGCUGAGGAAGUGACCCAGCAACUUGACACACUGCAGCUGUGCAACCUCUCCAAACACGAGGAGAACGACAAGGACAAGUGUGAGAAUCAUCACGAGAAGCUCAGUGUGUUCUGUUGGACCUGCAAGAAGUGUAUCUGCCACCAGUGUGCUCUGUGGGGAGGGAUGCAUGGCGGACACACCUUCAAACCCCUUGCGGAGAUCUACGAGCAGCACGUCACCAAGGUCAACGAGGAGGUGGCCAAGCUGCGGCGCCGGCUCAUGGAGCUCAUCAGCUUGGUGCAGGAAGUGGAGCGCAAUGUGGAGGCUGUGCGCGGGGCAAAGGAUGAGCGCGUGAGGGAGAUCCGGAACGCUGUGGAGAUGAUGAUCGCUCGGCUCGACAACCAGCUGAAGAACAAGCUCAUCACUCUCAUGGGGCAGAAGACGUCCCUGACCCAGGAAACUGAGCUGCUGGAGUCGCUGCUACAGGAAGUGGAACAUCAGGAUUAUCUGCGUUGUCCUUUGGUUUGUGACGGGAACUGUUUAAAGAAUUUAUGUGGAAGGAUCGAUCUCCGGUCCUGCAGUAAGAGCGAGCUGAUCUCCAAGAGUCCUGAGAUCCUCCUGAUGUUCCAGCAGGUGCACCGCAAGCCCAUGGCCUCCUUCGUCACGACUCCUGUGCCCCCAGACUUCACCAGUGAAUUGGUUCCAGGCUAUGACUCGAGCACUUUUGUUUUGGCAAAUUUCAGUACACUGAGGCAGAGGGCUGACCCAGUCUACAGCCCACCGCUGCAGAUAUCCGGGCUCUGCUGGAGACUAAAGGUUUAUCCAGACGGGAAUGGAGUGGUGCGAGGGAACUACCUCUCAGUCUUCCUGGAACUGUCGGCUGGGCUUCCUGAGACUUCAAAAUACGAGUAUCGAGUGGAGAUGGUACACCAGGCCUCCAGCGACCCGACUAAAAACAUAAUCCGGGAGUUUGCCUCGGACUUCGAGGUGGGAGAGUGCUGGGGCUACAACCGCUUCUUCAGACUGGACCUGCUGGCCAGCGAGGGAUACCUGAACAUGCAGUCGGACACCCUCGUCCUCAGGUACCAGGUGCGGUCGCCCACCUUCUUCCAGAAAUGCCGAGAUCAAUACUGGUAUAUCAGCCAGCUGGAGGCAGCGCAGACCAGCUACAUCCAGCAGAUCAACAACCUCAAGGAGAGGCUGGCGAUCGAGCUGUUUCGCAGGCAAAAGUCCCGUAGUUCCUCCCCGUCUGACCGCAGAUCGGGCCACUCGGCCUCUGAGAGAGACCCCCAGCCUGGGAAGGGAGGGGUGACUGAUGGGGCUGCCCAGGCUGGAGCGGGAGAAGGGAAGGAGGAGGAGGAAGAGGAGAAGACACGACAAGAUGACUCCAAUGAGCUGUCGGACGGGGACCUUGAGGUUGACUGUCUUACGGGGGAUGAGGAGGUGAAUCCUCUGGACGGGAGCAGCACUUCAGGGAGCUCCACUGCCACCAGUAACACUGAGGAGAACGACAUUGACGAGGAGACCAUGUCUGGAGAGAAUGAUGUGGAGUACAGUGGCAACUUGGAUCUGGAAGAGGGGGAACUGCUGGAGGAUGUGGCCGGAGCAGCAGGUGGCUCCACAAACCCCAGCCUGCGCUCUCUGAGACGGGGAGGGGCAGGCCUGGCCUCAGCCACCAGCAGUAGCCUGCUGGAGAUCGACCCGGUCAUCCUCAUCCAGCUGCUGGACCUCAAGGACCGGAGCAGCGUGGAGUCUCUGUGGGGCCUGCAGCCCAGGCCACCCUCCUCCCUGCUGCACACCACAGCGGCAGCGCACUGUCGCAAAGAGCGCGAGCGGCGGCCUCAGGCAGUGCGUCGGUCAGCCCCAGACUCUGGGGUCCUGAUCCGGCUGAAGGCCCAGAUGGCAGAGGUGCGCAGUAAGAUGUCGGAUGUGAAGAGCCAGCUGGAGGCGCGAGGGGAGCCCAGAGCCGGGGCCUCCGGGAGUCUGGUAGAGCAGGGGCCUCCCGCAGACACUGAAGCACCCUGUAGGAAACUGAGCGACCUGGAGCUGCUGGGCAAGGGGGCUGCAGCCAACAGACAUAGCAGGAGUGGUACAGGUAGGAAGGCAGCGUCCCCGAAGCUGGAGUGUGCUGGAGUGGCAGGCAGCCUGUUUCUGCGCAGGGCUGUGGACAGUGUAGACAAGGAGGCACGGGGGAAGGGGGACUGUGUCCCUGCCAUUGAGGGAAGAGCCCGCCCAGGGGACUGCCUGGCUGUCUCCGAAGGUCCCUUGAAGCCCCGUAGCGCACACAGCUCCCCGCCGUCGCUGGGGAGUGGGAGCUCUUCUGAUAAACCCUGCUGCUCCAAACACGAGGACCAGGCCUACGGAGCCGCCGACACUGACCUGUUCAGGAUCUCCAGCCUCAACGGGAUCGUCUCUCUGGACAAGGGCCGCAGGGCCGCUACGACCGGGUCCGGGCUCCUGACAGAUGGGACGCUGGACUGUGACGCCGAGGGAAGCAGUGAGAUCCGGGAGUCGCUGCUAGCUCUGUCUGAAGGGACAUCAAGACAGGAAGAAGGGCAGCUGUGCCAGAAGCAGGUGAUCCACCUCCUGCCAGGGAUGAGCAGUGACAGUGAGAUCGAGUGUGACAGUGAGAAUGAGGAGGAGGAGAGCUGCGACCUGGAGGCUGGGGAAUGCAGCUAUGACAAUCGCUUGUCUGUCACAGGGGACCAGUUGAGCUCUGAAGAUCUGAGUUUUACUGCGGGGGACACGACAGAACGAUAAGUGACCUUGAGAGAGUGGUGCGAGAGCUUGACCAGGAACGAGACCCAGGAGCUGCUUUAAGUAACCCCCCCGCCCCGCCCCUCCAAAAUCGCUGACUCCCCCGUCACAGCACUGACUGGCCAGCCUGGGAAAGGGUUCUUAUUUUGUACUUUCAUUCCCUAGACAAUUUGAGGAUAUGUUUUAUUUUUCAAAGGAACAGAACAUGGAAUAAUAGUAGUAUGAGCUGCUGUGUGGAUUGCUGACUGUCGAGUAUUCAGUGUGAUGGAUGUUUUAAGCUCUGCUGACUGAUUAAGCUGUUCUUGUGCUUACUUGGUUAUUUUUUGUGUAUGCAAGUCUGUCUGUCUCCUUUUUUUUUUUUGUAUUUUUGUUUUGAAUAUAGAGAUUUAAUUUAUUAAUUUAUUGAACAGGUACUUACAACACUACCAUUUUGAACCACAAUAAACUUUGUUUGAAAGUAAGUGUAUAUAUCCAGGGACCCUCUGCUUCUUGUUACAGUAGUUUUGUGUGCUUUAACCCUGCUCCUGAUUUGCAACAGUCAGGUUCCAAAUCCUCAAACUUGCAAAUCAACCCACAAUGACUUCCUAGAACUAGGCUGGCAAUUCAAUAGACUGACUUUAUCCACUGGCCUACAGUAUCCGUUUUAUUCUCCAGCAAACCAUGGUGAGUCAGGCCAGCUGGAGAGUUAUGGAGCGACAGUUGUCACAUCUGUUACGUGGGAUGCAAAGCAGAGUGUUGUACAGGGUCAUUCCAGGAGCUCCAGCAGAGAAGCGCAAUGCCAUUUCUGUUUUUGAGGACUGCUUUGAUCCACACGGGGUUUGCAUCUAUAAGUUAUCAGCCUCCUUUACUUCGGGGGCACCUGAGUUUUCAGGUAUCCCUACUCCUUUUGUAUCUUCUUUUGGGAGCAAGAACUCCUCCCCCAUUCUCUGCACAUCUAACGCAUUGUGUACAUUUGUGCAUUCCUAUCUGUAUGCGAGUUAUAGCCUCCACUGUCAUAUUGAGCUGUUACAUCUUCACUGUUUUCCUUUAAGUGCCUGUUUUUUGUGUAGUUCUGUCGGUGGAUUGACAUCACAUAGGGGAGUGAGCGAGAUAUGUACUGGAAUCUUUGAACAGGCAUUUUAAUUGUCUGAGAGGUAUAUAAUGGAGAAUUAACAAAAACACACACAUUCCAAAUUAACAGACCAAUCACCUAUACUGUAAACACAUUCAUUUUGAUUAGUUCUUGCUGAAGAACAUGAACAGUGAAGGAAUGGCAGUUUUGUUCAGUACUGUUGUGUAAAAUGAAUGUGUUGUGUGUGUGUGUAUAUAUAGUACUAUGGUCUUAUGAAUCAGAGAUGCACUCAGCCUCCACUCCACGCUAUUGGAUGUUCAGUGAGGCUGUGCUUCUCUUUUUUCUUUUGUACUGUUCCAGUAAAUGCAUGGCUGCUUGUUCAACUCUAAAGCUGUGGGAGCUGCAAUCUCUUGUGAUGCUGAGCUGUACUUUUGCCCUAAAUAUGUAUUUGGACUCCUGUGCAGGGCCUGGUAUUCCCAUUCUGUACCUGUAUAAUUGUAUCGGCCACAGUGAAGCAAUUGUAUCCAUUCCUAUGUUUGUUUUGUAUAUGUGAGCAACUGUCAGUGUUUUAGAUUUAAAAUGCUGUGUCAGAAUGUUGUCAAAGUUGCACUUUUAGUAAUAACUAAGAGUAAUAAAUGAACAAAUAAAUUAAAAUGUUUAUCUCA